CGAAAACACCCAAUUCGAUUUCAUUUUAAUUUUUCUCCUUUCCUUUAUUCUUUUUUCUAUCUUUCGUUCGCCACUCAUGAGUGUGGUGGAUAGCUCGUUCUUAGAAUGGGUAGAGGCCAUUAAGAGUGUUAACUUUGAUAAAGCUCUAGAGCUUGCACUCCAUUCGCCUUCUUUAUUAUGGCAUCCUAUACCAUUUGAAGAAUCCCAUUACCCUCAUUUCUCAACUCAUUUACAAAAACUACAACAUAUGAAAGGGAUCUCUGUUCCUCAUUUUUACGCUAUUCAACUACUUAUUGUAAAUUUAUUUGAAAACGCACUUCCACAAAGCUCAACUGAAGCUGUUCUUUUGUCCAACUUGAUUGAAAUGGCUGUCGCUGCCGAUCUAAACACGUGUUUUUGGGGUUCCACAAAAAAUACCACUUUACAUCUAGCAAGCUGUUUAGGUCAGGAACAAGUUGUUGAACUACUGAUAAGUCAAGGUGCUUUGGCACAUAUUCCCAAUAGUGAUGGUUAUGUUGCUAUUGACUUUGCUCUUACAACUACAAUCUCUGAUAUGCUACAACAAGUUUCCAAACACGAAAAUCCAUCGAUUAACGACUCCACUGUUAUCAAGGAUAAUCGAUUUGAACAGUUACGCCAAUUAGCUGAAGAGGGAGGAAAUUCGUCUAGUUCUUUGCAAAAUACAUCCAACAUGAUAGGCAAACGCCAACAAUCCACACGCCGUUACUUUCAACCCGGUCAUCUUGAAGCACGAAGAAAAAAAGUACUCCAAGAAGAUGACAAUAGUGCUACAGCCGAUGAAUCGACUCGCAUAGGUAGAAAUGCAACAAACAAACGACAGCAAGAAGUUGAAAGCCUUGCUAAACAAUCUAGAGUUAAAAACAAUCCUUUGUUUCGAAAGUUUGAAGAACAACAUCAACAGCAAGAAUAUAAACAACCAACAGCUCAUAAUCGACUAUUAUCGCCUGCAUUAGAAACAUUGGCGGAUCGACGCACUUCGAAAGGCAUCAGUUCCCUCAAAGGAAGAUCUUUUGUAUCCACAAGUGUUUUUCGACAGCAGGAAGCUAAUGUUAAGGAUGAUUUAACCAUCAACAAUUCAGCUGUCAAACCAAGCAAAUUACGCAACGAAGAAAUCAUGGAUGAAUUUAUUCAGACAGAAGAUACCCAAGGUCUUCCUGAUGAAGCUGGACAGCAAAUGACAAUAGAGAAUGAUCAAUCAUCAACAACGAUAAGUAAUCCACCCACCACAACACAGAUUAAGGAUCCUGAAUGUACAGAUACCACUGUUCAUAAUCCUAUAAGUUCUGAUCAUCCAAUACAAGAGAGCGUCAAUGAAACAAUGUCAUCAUUAGAUAAACAUAAUAAUAACUCUGAUGAAGAUAAAAAGUCCAUCAAUAGUUUUGUUGACAGCGCCGAAAAUAUGGAUGAUGAAAACAGGAGCAUUUCUUCCUCUUUUGCCUCCGUAAAUGAUUCUACCAAGAAAUCCACGCUUGAUACUACUCGUAUCCCUGGAAUAGAUCAAAAUCGAAUCAGCCACCCUACUUUGGAAACACAAUCAGAGCAAGCUAACAAGUUGUCCUCGUUACCUGCGAGCAAAGAAUCAUUACUGGUGAAAGCAGGCCAUUUAAGUGUGGUCAGUGACACAGCAAGCGAUCAAUGGCACGACAGCUAUGAAGUAUAUCCAGAAGAUAACAGUAUUUCUGGCAUAGUUCAGAGGGAUAGUAGAAAAAUCAGCUCUCAUGGAUCAUUGCUAAUAGCACAAGCUAACACUUCGACAGACGUUGUACAGGAUAAUAAUUGGCAAGCUAUAGACACAACUUCGGUCAGUACUACGAAGAUUGAACCUAAGGUUGUCGCAUGAAACAGAAGAGUCACAAGAAGUCUUCAAGUUCCACUCUCGAGCCCAAUCUGACAACGAAAGCGUCAACACAUGGCCACCACCCAGUCCAAAGUCAACAACAACAAGCAGCUCUUUUAAACCGU